AGCGGCGCGUCCUUUUGCUUGAUCAUUCGAAUAACCCAUCGUCACUCUUUUCCACCCUCUCUUUCCAUAACAUUGUUUUGAUUGCAGUCGCUCUUUACCGCAUUUGUCUCUCGAUACUAUCAGAUUUUUCACCAUCGUUACUGUUCUAAACUAUUCUUACCUGCUGCAAGACGUCUUGAUACUCCUUUUUUGGAUUUGGAAAAUGCGGAUAUCAUUCCUUCAUAGCAUUGUGCUGUUCCUAGGGUAUAGUGCUGUACUCAACGCAUUAGCCCUUCCCCCUACUGGGCCGCAAGAUGUUGCACGCCAAAUCGAAACGUUGGAUGAACACGGCACCCCAGGGGUACUUGAAGUUCGUUCUCCUCGAGUGAGAGGCGGCGGAAGGCCACCCCGUUCGCGCCCUGCCCGUCCUACGACGAAGCCCGUACCAACAAGCAAGCCAACGCCCACAAAGCCUGCGCAGACAUCCGUCGUCAACCAACCUAUAAGCACGAAGCGUUCAACGUCCAUUACCAACCUCCCUACCAGCACGAAGUCAUCAACAUCUAACCAGCCUGCGAGCUCGAAGCUUUCAACCUCUAGCAAUCCGACACUUACGAAUUCCGGGCUCACUUCGAUCACCAACAGACCCACAAGCACAAAACACAGCUCAUCAUCGUCCAUAAAGUCCCUGCCCUUCACGCUCCCUCCCCGGCCUACGAAGGCCUUCGAUGUCUGCCUACUACCUGAAGUAUCCUGUCUCGAUGCCCGAAGUGAAGACUCGGAGACCCUCUUCGGCCGCUCCGAGCAACCCCAUGCCCUCGAAAAACGUGCUCGCGAGCUCUCGGAUAUCCCUCUGAAGAGCGGCAAACUUAAGGUUACACCAAAAGACUAUCCUUCCUCCGGCCAGCUCGAGAAAGGCAAGGCCUCCAAGUGGGUCGAAACAUGGGUUGAUUUUCAAAGCGCAAACCUGGCCGACACGGAGGCCAAGCUGUUCAAGUCAAAACCACCGCUACCGGCCGGAGCCCUGCAGAAAGAUUACGUCACGGAGCAUAUCCUUGAGCUCCAAAGCAUGUCCCGCUUCAUCGAAGCAGUAACAGGCACAAAGUCCACGAACAACCCCUCACCCAUUCAGCUCAGCAAGACCGUGGACGACACAUGGUUCACAAAAUGGUGGAACAAAGAUGUCCAAGCCAAAAUCAACACCCGUAACCCAACUUUCACAGGCUACGAGAACAGUAAAGAUGCCCGGUACCAAGACAAAUCGCUAAACGAUGUUGUCUUCGAAGCGUUUGGAUCUUCGCGCAAUGUGGAUGACUUUGUGCUCUGUGAAGAUGGGAUUAAUAGCUUCAAGGCGAAGCUUUGGCUAGGUGACGAUCCGGCGGCAAAGUGGAAUGAUGCUGCGACCAAGGCAGCGAAAGGGCUGAAGCCGUCGGAUGAAUAUCUGAGUCCUCUGCGUACAACGCUUGCAGUCUAUAGCUACAUGGAGCUUCCUCAGAUUACGAAAAAUCUUCACUCUUCCAUUGCAAAAGUCAAGACCGAGCUAGGCAACAUCGCACACCUCACCUCCAACGACCUUCCCAAAGACGCCCAGGGUCAACCUGCCGACCUCGCCGCCCUCUGGAUCGAAUUCAUGGACGCCCACCUCGCCAAAUUCGUCAACAAAGGCAAAACCUGGCUGGACUCUAAUAUCAAAACCGGGCUCAAGCAGUUCGAAGCAGAGCUCAAGAUCAUGGAAGGCUGGCUCAAGAAAAUCCCAAACACCCCCCAAUCCGCACUCACCGAUAAGUACAACGCCGCCGUGAAGGCCGAGCAAGCCGCUCAAAAAGAACUCACUUCGAACGAGAAGAAGAGGAAGUCAGCUGCCAGCGACCUGGCCGCGGAAAUCAAGAAGAUUGAGGCGCAAUUCAUCAAUGAUCCCAAUGCUUCGUCGAAGAUCGAAGCCGAGAAGAAAAAACCGGGUACAGCAUACAAGAGUGCGAUCGUACAGCUUGGAUCUGCGAAAACCAGAGUCACCCGCAGCCAGACGAAGGUUGGGCAGGCUACGCGCAAGAUACUCGAAUUUGAUGAGAAGAACCUUAAGAAAGAGAUUGCGAAUUGGAAGGCUGUUAUUGCGCAGUUGAACAAGUUUGAGGUUGAGCGGAAGAAGAUUAAGACGCUGAAGGCGGAGUAGACGGGCAGCUGCUUGACUUUCGUGUACAUCUUGAGCAGUGGUCGGAGAGGUAGUGUCGAGUGUAUGAAGUAGGCAGGCCUAGACAAGAAAUCACUGCCUUUCAAUCCCUGAACCUCCUCAUCAGGACGAUAAUCUAUUCGCUCUAUGCACUCACGCUCUCCCAGACUCCCAAAAAAACUCCGGGUAUACCCCAAGCGCACUCAUACUAUACACAUGACGUUCAUCGCACGCUCCGCUCAUACCGCAUAACUAUAACUCAUCAUGCU